UGUUAGCAGACGAAUUUUUUGGAUGAAUUUGCAUUUAUUGCUUCCUAAAAUCGUCAAUAUUUAAUAAUCUGAAAAACAACUGUCAAUCAUCAGUAAAUAAUAACAAUUGAAAUACCUGGUUCAUUUCCUUCAAAGGAACAGUUAAUGAUGCUGCGUAAUUUUUUCAGCGUUGGCAGGUUUAUGUCCAACUCUCACCGGCUUCCUAUUUCUUCAGUCCUUCCUGCAAGGUACUUUUCAAUGCAACAAAGUGGGCCUACAAAUAUGAACAAUCCAAUGCCUAUAUCCCUCCUCAUCCCGAUAUUGCCUAAGGUAAGCCCAUCCAUCUAUGAGAAAAGUGGGGGAAAAGGCAUACUUGACUGGAAAAUGCCUCAACAUUUACCAACAUCAGCAAUUUUACCUGUCAUCAAAGAAGAUAUUACUUUACCAACAGCUAGUCCUGAUAUGCCCCAGUUAGAAAAACAGGCUGCCAGAAUGAUUGUCAUCAGACGUAGGAAAAUGAAGAAGCACAAGCUGAAGAAGCUAAGAAAAGUUAGAAAAUUUGAGUACAGAAGGAUGGCCCUGAAAAGAAAAACAAAAAAGGAAAAAGAAUUUCAAAUGCAACUUUCAGCACAGGUUGCACAAGCUGAGCAAUUUGAUGCCAAAUCCUAUGUUGAAGGAAUUAUCAGAAUUGCAAAAGAAGAUUUAACUGUAAAACGUAAACCUCAUCCAACUAACAAAAAAAAUCCUUGUUUGCAUGAUGAGGAUGGUAAAAGAAUCAUGUUAAACCAACACAUGUAUGGAAGGAAAUGAUAACUUAGUUGUAGAUGCAAUGCAAAACAUUUGGAAAAUAAAAUAGUUGAAUGUA